UCCGCCUUUUAGCCUUCCUGCACUUUUGCCUCCGACAGGUUCCAAAGUCCAUUGCCUCCUUCUCGUUCCUUUCCAUUUGUUUGUUACAAUCUGCAUUACUGAACUUGAAAUGAUUGGUUUUGAUGUAUUAAUUAUAAAAUAAACGCGGUCCGUUGAAUGUAAUUAACGCAGCAACAAAAGGAUUCGGAUGGGCUGGCCGGCAGUGAGGAAUGACACUACUUGGCUACUCCUUGUUGCUAGUGGGGUGCCUCGUGGGGGCUGUCGAGUCAGCGGGCACAUGCUCCGCUUGCCUCCUCCGGACGGAACUCCGUUCCAUCAGCCUGGCCAACAUCAAGGAGCAGAUCCUAGCCAAACUGGGCUUUUCCGCCGCCCCCAAUAUCACCGGAAGGCAGAUUCCGAGGAUACCGCCUCUAGAGUACAUCAUGGAUGUGUAUUCGAUGCAGGGAGACCAGCCGCAGUCUUUUAAGCCGGGGCCAGCUCUUCUUGAAGAGCAGGACGAUUAUUCUGCCUCCAUGGAAAAGGUCAUCGCCUUCGCUCAACCACAUCCUAAAUUAAGGCACUGGAGAGGUCAAGAGAUGCUCUUUUUCAAGUUUUCUGAUAAGAUGUUAGAUAAUAAAGUAGUUAGGGCAAAACUAUGGCUAUACUUAAGACCUGGGGAAACUGUCGAAAACUCCUCGGUCACUAUAACCGUACUUAGGAUGCUACGAACGUCGAGUAACUCGGAUAUGCCGACUCUGAACACACUGACUUCUACUAGGGAAGCACGGCCGAUUCGUACAGGGAGAUGGGUGUCGAUUGACGUUAAGAAACUAGUUGUCGAAUGGUUUAAAAACCCGAAGGAAAACAUGGGGCUCGGAGUGCACGCAGCCAUACCACUCAAGGAUUCCUUGCAUACACAACAUCUAAUAGCCCUGUCGUCGCAGUACGAAGGAUCUUCAUAUGUACCAUUCCUUGAAGUGCACAUAACAGAUACAAGAAAGCAUAGAACAAAGAGAACAAUAGGAUUGAAUUGUCCUGAAAAUUCUGAUGAGAAACGAUGCUGUAGAUACCCUUUGACUGUCGACUUUGAAGAAUUUGGAUGGGAUUGGAUAAUAGCACCGAAGAAAUACGAAGCCAACUACUGCUCUGGAGAAUGUCCACUUGUUUUUCUGCCAAAAUACCCUCACACGCAUAUAAUUCACAUUGCCAAUCCUACAGGAACACCUGGGCCAUGUUGUGCACCAAGAAAAAUGUCUUCAAUUUCAAUGUUAUACUUUGACCAAGAGUUUAAUAUAAUUUAUGGUCUUCUUCCUGGGAUGGUUGUAGACCGCUGCGGUUGUGCCUAGUCUGACUAGUUGAACACAUAAAUACAACCACCUAAGCCAGCAAUACCUCAGAUGCUACUUAAUUCUAUGUCGAUGUCCAAUUUUCAGCGACACAAAACAUACUUUUUAAAUACCUCAACAGAAUUAUACUACAUGUACCUCUUCACAAAGAAAAUUGUUUUCUAAGCUUGAAUUUCUUAUUUUAUUUUCUUAUUUUGUUUUAUUUAUAAUCAGUAGUUUCAAUUUUUGAUCAAACUCAAACAUAUUGUGACUUCAAUAAUAAAAUAAGAUGUCCAUGAAAAAAUGUGUCGCUCACAAAAGUCGAACAAACACCUUGACAGAUGAAGUAGGAAAUUUGAGUGCAUUCGACCAGGAGGGCCUUUAUGUAACAGCCAGUAGAGAAGAAGAUUGGUAAUAUGCUAAAUUAUGUUGUUUAUUGUGCGUUCUUGAGGGUAUUAUCUUCUGGGAACAAAUUCUUAGAAAGCUAGACUAUUAAAAGAUCAGGUUUAAAGGUUAUUUAAAAAAUAAUAGAUUUAAAAUUUAACAUUUUGAAAGAAUGUGAUAAUCAUUUGUUAAUAUUUCAUAGUAAAUAUAGUAAUGAAUUGAUGAAGUGCAGAAGAAGAAACUGAAAAAUAAUUUGACCCAUUUAUUUCUGUUUGAAAAAAAGAAUUAUUAUAGUUCCACAAAAAAAAGUUAAAUCUCACUAACACUAAAACAUCUUGUGAUUUUUAUACUAAUUGAUCAAAAUAGUGAUAAAUAUUUGUAUUUUAUUGAAAUAAAAGUGAUAAUUUUUUUCAUAAAUUUUAAUCUUAGUAUUAAAUCAAUUGAUAGUGUGAUAAAUAUUAUUAUUAAAAAAAUUGAUUUUUUAAUUUUGUUUUAUUUUGAAUAGUGACUUUUUUUAGAUUAGUGAUUGAUUUAUUGAGCAGUGUUUUUGUUGUUAUUGUUCUCUUUAAAAAAGAAAUUGUGUGAAUGCAACAAAUUUGCCUUUUAAGCUGCCUUAUAACAAAGAAAGUGGUUAUAAUAUUAGAAAAAUGUGAAAGAACUGUCAAAAUUAUUUAAUUAAUAUGUCAAUUAUAAAUUAUAUGAAUAAACCACAAAAUUUUUAAAAAGUUUCAUUUUUUUUAAAUGUUUGGUGCAUUACUUUAGGAAAGUCUAAUAUUUUGUUUUUCAAUAACAAACUGUACAAUUUAAUGUGUGUUUUAUGUGUAAUUAUGUACAAGUCAAUAACAUCCAGUAUCGUUUUCUUCAAAAAGAAACAUUAUAUCUCUUUGUCAUUUUGAUUAGUCUGGUUCUUUCAGUGCCUUGUGGAACUGCCUUUUCAGAAAUUUUAACAUGGUAUACUGCUCCAAAAA